UGGUGGCAUUAAAUCAGCUAAUGCUUUACCAGUUGUUUUGAAGCAUAUCCAAGAGUACUGUCCAUUACGUGAAAUUGAAUGUUCGAAUAGUAAGUACCGUACUAUUGAUGGCACCUGCAACAAUAUUAUACAUCCUAAUUGGGGUGCUACUGGUGCACCGAUGCAACGUAUCAUUAAACCAUUUUACGCUAAUGGAAUUGAUGAAUUACGUGUUUCAAUUGUUGAUGAUAAUGAAUUACCAAACGUUAGACACUUAUCAAAUUUAUUCUUCAUGAAGGAGCAUUCACCAACACUGAAAGUAAAUACAUUAAUUGCGCUUUGGGCGCAUUUUGUUUAUACGGAUUUGGUGCAUACUGGAAGUCUUCAACUAUUUAAUGAUGAAAAGCAAACUUCGUUGCCGUGUUGUACACCAGAAACUAAGCAACACCUCGAAUGUAAGCCGAUUCUGGUGACAAAAAGUGAUCCUAGCUACAGUGGUUUUUUGGAUUGUCUACCUUAUAUGCGUACCGCUCCAGCACCACGACCUAAAUGUGAAUUGGGUCCACGUGAACAAGCUAAUCAGGCUACUAGCUUUCUCGAUGCUAGCACUAUUUACGGUAGUACCGUACAACAAGCACGUGCUUUGAGGACAUUUAAAAACGGUAAAGUUACUGAUAUCAAUAUAAUCUCGUCAAUGUUACUAACCUCAUAUAAUCCAGGUAGAGUUACUGAUAUAACAUAUAAUCCAGAUAAAAUUGAUAUCAUACAUACCAUACAUUGUCCAGGUCAUCUAUUAAUAAAUUCGAAUUCACUGAAUCAAAAUCCACUACCGAUGAUUGACUUACUAUGCAGUAUGUUGAAAAUGACUGCUGAAUGUUAUUCAAGGAAUAAAUUAUCCCGAUUUGUUAAUGGUUCCAAUUAUGCAAAUUUCUUACCAUCCUUUAUUAUUCUUCAUACUAUUUGGAUACGACAACACAAUCGAAUUGCUACUAAUUUAAAGGUCAUAAAUCCACAUUGGUCUGAUGAACAAUUGUAUCAGGAAAGUCGACGAAUAGUGAUCGCACAGUUGCAGCAUAUCACUUAUAACGAAUUCCUGCCUAUUUUAAUUGGUAAAGAAAACUGGUCAAAGUUCAAACUACAGUUACAAUCUUAUGGCUACAGUAAGAAGUAUAAUCAGAACGUGAAUCCUACUGUUAUCAAUACAUAUGCUGCUUCUGCUGGACAAUUUUUCGUCACAAUGUUUGGCAAACAUCUUGCAUGGCAUAAAGAUGAUAGCAUCAAAAUACUUGAACGGUCAUUAAAUGAAUAUUUCAAUGAUCCAGGAUUACUUUUUUCAUCAGAUCAAAUUAGAGGAAUAUUGAGAUAUAUCUUACGUGAGCCAAUUAAUGAAUCUAUGGUUUACAUGAAUGAUGAAUUUCAACGUAAACUUUUUAAAGGAAAAAGAAAUUUGGAAUAUGAUCUUGUAGCAUUGAUUUUACAAAUAGGUCGUGAUCAUGGUAUUCCACCGUAUACUGUAUGGAGAAAAUAUUGUGAUGGUAGUAAGAUUCUAUCAUUUGAUGAUUUGAUGGAUGAUUUGAUGGAUGGAAUAGAAUUGAUCAAAGAAUUAGCAAAUAUGUAUAAAACAGUGGAUGAUAUGGAUUUAUUCUUAAUUGGUUUAAUUGAAAAACCAUUGAAUGGGGCGCUUCUUGGACCAACGUUUAGUUGCAUCAUUUCAUUACAAUUUCAAAAGACGAAAGACGGUGAUCGUUAUUGGUAUGAGAAUGAUAACGCACAAUCAGGUUUUACAGAGGAACAAUUAACUGAAAUCCGGAAAACAACAAUGGCUAAAAUAUUGUGUAAUAAUGUGGAAUAUUUAGAUAUUUUACAACCAAAAGUAUUCGAAUUAGAAAAUAAUUACGAUAAUUAUCCAAUUGGUUGUAACGAAACAUUACAAUUGGAUAUGAAUAUUAACAAAUGGUCCGAUGAAUCAUUUCAUAAACUAAAUAUACCUCUAACAGAAACAGCAAUUGAGAAAGCAGUUGAAAUUGCUAUAAACGAAGUUAAACAACGUCAAAAACGUGAGCGACAACGUAUCCGACAAAAUCAAAAUAUAUUUAAAUCUGGUGAUCCACUAUUAUCAUACGGUAAAAUGAUGCGAGCAAAACGUGAAGCUAUUAUGAUCGCUCGAGCAUCUGACGUAUUCUUACAGGUUACCAAAAAUAUCAUAUCUAACAUUGGAUCAGAAAGUAAGUUCAAGGAAAUGGAUAUUAAUGAGAUACAAAAUUUGCUACAACAAAUUGAUGUCAGCUCAUUCAUUAGCAGAAUUGAACCAUUUCUUGGACGUAAUGGAUUAGUGGAAAAAUGCUUACCAAAAAAUUUGCCAUGCGAUGAUGUCACACCAUAUCGGACAAUGUCCGGUUGGUGUAACAAUCUUCAUAAUCCACAUUUCGCUAAUGCUUUUGGCCCAUUAAUUCAUCUUCUACCACCAGCUUAUGAUGAUGGAAUUGAUAUACCACGAUCGAGAUCUGAAACAGGUGCACUGCUACCAUCAGCACGUGUAAUUUCAAAUGCAAUACAUUUUGAUUUACCAAUUAGUCAUCAAAAAUAUAGCCUUAUGAUUAUGCAAUUUGGACAAAUUCUCGAUCAUGAAAUGACACAUUCACCUAUUGAACGUGGACCAGACAAUGAGAUAUUGAAUUGUACACGAUGUGAUUCACACAAAACUCUCUCAAUACAUUGUAUGCCAUUACCUGUACCAUCCAAUGAUCCAUUCUUUCCAACACACGAUGAAAAUGGUGAGCGACGAUGUCUACCAUUUGCUCGAUCACUUCUUGGGCAAUUAAAUCUUGGCUAUCGAAAUCAAAUUAAUCAGUUAACAGCAUAUUUGGAUGGUUCGGCGGUUUAUGGUUCGACAGAAUGUGAAGCCAAAGAAUUACGCACUUUUGUCGGUGGACGUCUUAACAGUACUAAUCUUGGCUUUUUCAAUUCUGAAGCAUUACCACAAGGUGAUCAAGAACAAGAUUGUCGUUCCACACCAGAAUUCAUGUGUUUUGUUGCCGGUGAUGAGCGCAAUAGUCAUCAACCUGGUCUUACAUCAAUGCAUAACAUAUUUUUGCGCGAGCAUAAUCGAAUUGCUCAAAAAUUAGAACAAAUGAAUCCAUUUUGGGAUGAUGAGCGUAUUUAUCAAGAAACAAGACGAAUUGUAAGUGCAGAAUUUGCGCAUAUAGCUUAUAAUGAAUAUCUUCCAUUAUUAUUAGGUAAUCGAUUGAUGCGCAAAUAUGAUUUGAAUACUCUUAAAAUUGGUUACUAUCAUGGUUACGAUGACAAAUGUGAUGCAUCAAUAUCUCAUCCCUUUUCAACAUCUGCAUUUCGUUUUGGUCACACUCUUGUACGACGGUUCUUUUCACGUUUUGAUGCUUCUUAUAAUAAUUUCACUGAACCGGUUGAUCUAGUUGAAAAUUUCAAUUCUGUUGAAGCAAUUUAUGAUGGCAAACGAGGUAGUAUUGAUUCAUUAAUUCUUGGCUUACUUGGCACACCAUCAAUGGCAUUUGAUCGGCAUAUUACUACUGCAUUACGGAAUCAUUUAUUUGGCCGACGAGGUGAACCACUUUCUGGAAUGGAUCUUAUUAGUCUGAAUAUAUUAAGAGCACGUGAUCACGGAGUACAACCUUAUAAUGCUUUCCGAGAAUUAUGCGGUAUUGGUGCGGCGAAAAAUUUCACCGAUCUGUUAAAUGAAAUGGAUGAAACAGUUGUGGCAGAAUUAAAAAAUUUAUACAAAACAGUUAAUGAUAUUGAUUUAUUUCCUGGAUUACUAAGUGAAAAACCUAUGAAAGAUGCUCUUUUACCACCAACAAUGGCAUGUAUUAUUGCUGAACAAUUUCAUCGUUUAAAAAAAUGUGAUCGAUUUUAUUACGAGAAUGAUUUGCGUGCAACAAGCUUUUCACCGAGACAACUUAAUGAAAUUCGGAAAGUUACGCUAGCGUCACUUUUAUGUACCAAUAGUCGAAUAUUAAGAAAUAUACAGCCGAAUGUGUUUUUACUACCUGAUAAAUUCAUGAAUACUCCAAUUUCAUGCGCGCAUUUUGAACAUAUCAAUUUGGAGCAGUGGAUCGAUCGGCCUCAUUGUUAUAUUGGUAAUAUAGUAAUUGCACCUGAUGAGACAAAACGUAUAUCACCUUGUCAAUUUUGUACAUGUACAACUAAAGGGUCUCAAUGUGAUACGGUAACAAUUAGGAAUUGUAUAGCUCUAUUUAGUCAGUAUCCAUUUGAUGAAAUCAUGAAGGAUAUGGCUUGCGCUGUACAAUGUGCUCACUUAUUUUGGAAACCAAAUUCAGUAUGA